GCGGCGGGUGGCAACGCCGCAUUGGUUGCAUAGCAACGAGUGGCUUGGGUUUGCGUUUUGUUUAUAAGCCAUGUUUAGUUAAAAACUGCAUAAUAUCAACAAUGCCUCUGUAAUGAGUGAUACUGACACCGACGAUACGGAUCUUUUGUUGCUGAUACCGCCCAACUUCUACGUCGAUACAGCAGAGCGCUUGUUCUUGCAGGCCAAAAUGAGCGCAGCUGCAGAUGCCCUUGCCAUGCCUCCACCUCCCGCGCCAACGACAAAUGCCUAUCAAUUUCUACCGCCUCACAAGAAAACCGAACUGAAUCACAUUAACUCCCGAUUGCAAAACUUGGAGCUCGUCGAUAACCAAUUAGAAGCACUCUCGGAUAUUUCCACCAUUUCCAACAAUACUGUGCGCACCAUUGAUGGCAGCAAUAAAAGAACACGUGAGAUGCAAAAAUUGGUCCAUUCGACACCAAAGAGUGGUUCGGUAGAGCCACCGUCUAAUGUACCAUGCAGAAGCGAUGCCGGUGGCGCGAUUGUAGACAAUAUAUUGCUCGAAAUCGACAACUAUCUGGACGACCAGAAUCCGUACAAUUUACCUUCCUGGCAGCAUCACAGCGACAACUAUUUGCGUGAGAGAACGCCUUCGGCCUUCUCUGGGGUAGGCAGGCAGGAGCCACUGGCUACCUCAUUGCCCAGUGAACUGAACUCGCAGCGUGAAGCGGAACCCAUGCGAAGUGCAUAUGUCAGUUCUGGUGAAAGGAAUCUAAUAAGUCUUAGCGAGCUUUGGGGUAGAAGCAAUCUGGCAGGCACUGUUUUGCCAAAUAGUACAGUGUCCGCGCAACAAAGCAAUACCUUAAAGGAGGAGCAGCUGCGCCGCCAGCAUUUGGAGAAGACUGUACAGGCAUUACAGUCCCAGUUGCUGGAAUACGAGCAACGAAUUUCGGUGGCCAUUGAAGUGGAUCGCUCAAAGGAUACGGCUUUGGCCAGCGCCGAACAGGCCAACAAGAGUCUUAAUCUGGAAGUACAACAGCUGCGCGAUGCGUUGCAUCGACUGGAAAUGGAGCGCAAUGAGUACAAUGGUAAAAUGGAUGGACUUCAGCAUGAGCUGGCGCAGGCAGUCGGCUUGGCAACCAAGUUCCAGGAGAAAAUCGAAAGGUUGGAAUCGGAGCUACAGAAACAGGUGCGACAGGCAAGCGAAUCAUCGCGGCAAGUGGAAGAGCUGGAGAUUCAGCUGCAUGGCACUAAGCGCGCCGAAGAAAUGGCACAUGCUGAGCUCACGAAAGUGCGUGAUAAAUUUGCCAAAGUGGAUUAUCAGCAGGGAAAGCUAAAAGCGCAUAUAGAGGAACUGGAGAAGGAGAACACUACAUUAAGGCAUCAAAAGGAAAUGCUGCAAGAAUAUCAUCAGAAACAAAAAACGCGUGCGGAUGCACUUGAAACGCAACGUAAAUCAUUGCAGGAAACACUGGCCAACCUUACAGAGAUUGAGACUAAUUUAAAAAAGAAAUUGGAGACGCAACAGAAAACGUUGAAACUUCACUACCAGCAGCAAUUGGAAAACGUUGUCGCACACAAACUGAAGGACUUUCAAGAGCAGCUGGACAAAUCCGCGGAUCAGCUAAAAACAGAAGCACGCGAGCGUGAACGUUUGAUAGCGGACCGUGCGGUCAAGCAGUUGGAAAUGAUAAACGAAAAGAAUAAUUUGGAAUUAAAUCUCGUACAGGAAAAACACAACAAGGAAGUCGAACUCUAUCGUCUGCAGCUGGCUAAUGCAUCUAAGAGUAUAGAAGAAUUGGAACUUAAGCUGUCCAGCUACAAGACAAAACGUGCCGACAUUGCGGAGAAGCUGCACGGCGUCAUGGAGGCGCAAUGGCAACAAGCACUCGCCAUACUCACCUCACCCAAUCACACAGGUCAGGUAAUGACGAGCGAUACGGAGAGCGAAUCGCCAGAGCUAAACACUGCGCGCCAUUAUGCCGACACACCAAAGACGAGCAAAAGUCAGCGCAGCAACUCGACCGAGAAAAACAAUUUGGAUGUGGUGGGCAAGCGCGAUCCAGCAUCACCCAUGGACAAGCUACAAGCCUAUAUCGAACUAUUACUGAGCAAAUCCCCCAGUGACUUCGACAGGCUGGACGAGAUACUUGCGCUGGGUGCGAAAUCCUUCAGCAAGACGGAAAAAGAUAGGCUCAGCAAACGUCAGUCUAAGCCACCCUGGAAGUCCUGAUGUUAUGUCAGCAGAAUCAACCAAAUCGACCAAAUUAUACGUUAUAGUCAUGCUUUUAGAUUAAGUACUUUUCGAUCAAUUUAUCUGCUAAAAUUUAAUAGUAAUUAUUUGUAUGUGUAUGCAUUUAUACACACAUUUGUAAAA